CUUUCUUUCCCGGUUCCUAGUUGGAAUGGGAAGUAGAGUAUAUAAAACCAUAUGGCCUCUCCUCUUUUCUUCAUCAUUCAGAAUUCAGACAGAGACAAGUAUGGAUGAAGAGUUGCUACCACACGAUGUGAUAGAGUAUCAUAUCCUGGAGAGGCUUGAUGUUAAAACCCUCCUCAAGUUCAAGUCUGUAUCUAAGCAAUGGAGAUCUACAAUCCAAUCCCCUCGUUUCCAACAAAGACAGUUGAUCCGCCAUCGUAGCCUAUCAGGAGAUCCACUUGUGCUUUUGGUGUCCUCAAUUGAUCCUUGUGCUCACCAACCCGAUCCAACAAGCUCUGAAGCUCUGAGAACGUUGGUGGUGCGGUCAACACUUCCGGUUUCGGUUCAGAUCCCUACUCCUUGGGAGGACAAGUCAUACGAAGUUUGCAAUACUAGUUGUGAUGGUCUGAUAUGCCUCUACGAUUCCUUUGAACUACUACCCAAUAUCGUCGUCAAUCCCACCACUCGCUGGCAUCGAACGUUCCCUGAAUGUAACUAUCAGCUAUUCGCUGCAGAGAAGGCCGAGAGAGACGAGUGGUUUGAAGUCCCAUACCCUUCUCCUGGAUUUGGUAAAGACAAAAUCAGUGGCACAUACAAGCCUGUUUGGUUGUAUAACUCCGCCCAGUUAGGCCUAAACGACGAGGCUAGUACUUGUGAAGUUUUUGAUUUUGCCACCAACGCUUGGAGGUACGUUGUCCCUGCGUCCCCUCGUCUGAUUUGUCACUACCAAGAUCCUGUUUAUGUAGAUGGGUCUCUUCAUUGGUUCACUGCCUUCUCGCAAGAGGGCGAAACCACGGUUUUGUCUUUGGAUCUUCACACCGAAACUUUCCAAGUCAUCUCUAAAGCUCCCUUUCUCCAUGUCUUUGAUGAAUUCAAGAUCUUCAUGUGCAACCUCGAUGGUCGUUUGUGCGUAUCCGAGGAAAAGGGGCCCAGCCAAGUCAUUUGGUCGUUGGAUGAUUCAGACCACCAGAAAUGGAAUAAAUUAUAUUCCAUAGAUCUCACUAUCACUUCGAAUUUGUUUCCCCCGCACGUGAAGGCACUCGCACCUCUGGCUGUUUUGGACAAGGACAAGUUAUUGUUCUAUGAUCGUGAAUCUGAGGUUGCCUUGGUAACACAUGAUCCCAAAGCCAAAUCUUAUGAUUUUGCUUACACAUCUAAACUCUCUGCAUACGGUGUUUGUUAUUUCCCGAGUUUAUUCUCUAUUUUGUAAACGUUAUUAUUUGCUUAAACAUUUUUAGUUUCUAAUUAUUUC